CCCAAUUUUCUUAUAUGCUCUAAAACCAAGUUUCUCAUUAAUAUUCCAUUUUCUUUUUUCCUUUCUCUUUUGCUUGUAAUUUAUCACAUACAAUAAAAUCUCCAUCUCUUUUUUUUUUUCUCUUUUGACACAGAAGGCGGACAACGACUAGAGACUAGAAAGAGAAAAAGAUGAACCGGCAAGAUCCUACACUUUCAUCAUCAUCCCGCCGGGAAAUCUCUCCGGCAUCAGAAAACGCUCGCGCAAAGAACAUUGGCUGCAUGUCUGGCAUUUUUCAGCUCGUCUGCAAAUAUCAUAAUCGCCGCAGAUUUCUCACUUCCGGGAGAAAGCAUGAAAAGAAUGCCAAUGUUGCCAACUCUUCACCUAACUCCCAGCCGCCUUCCUUUUCUUCUCCACCGCAAGAAAUUAGCACUAAGAACCCAAAAUUAUCGUGCAACGUUGUCGUGCCGAGAAGCCCAACGCUUCCACCAGAGAUGAGAGUUUCAUCAGAGAAGAACAUCCGUACUGGGCCUGCGCUGGUAGCAAGGCUGAUGGGACUGAGUGAGAUUCCAAUAGCAGCGGAAUCAGCAGUGGCGGAGAAGAGAAGGAGACUGUUAGGAGCGUUGGAGAAAUGCGACGAGGAUUUGAAGGCUUUGAAGAAGAUGAUUGAGGUGGUGAAGAGUGCAGGAGAUAACGGCACUGAUAAUGACAAUGACAAUGACAAUGAGAAUAAGAUUGAAGUAUAUUACACCAGUGCAACAGAGAAAAGAGGCGAGUUAGAGGCGAGUCCUGUGGCUGUGACAGUUUUUGACGAGUUCACUCGUUCGGCUUUCUGCGGUUACUCGAAACCUUUCACUACUACACCAAAUGGACGACCGCCGGUAUUGCAACGGAAAAAGAAGCCAGGAGAAGAGGAUACCAUCAACAUAAGUGUCUUGGACAGAAUCAAGAGUGAAACAGUUUCAGCAGAAAGGAAUUAUGAACACUUAGCAUUGCCAUUAUGGACAAGCAAGGCCAUGAUAGAAAGUGUAAAUGAGGUCUGCAGGGAUAUUGCAUGGGGGGAGAGGAGAGAAAUUGGGAGAAUAGGCUUGACUUUGCAAGAUCAUAUAUGCAGGGACUUGAUUGAAGAGAUUGUCAAAGAAAUGGGAUGUUAUUGCAUUUACCUGCAGCCACCUCAACUCCCACUUGAAUCAUGUAAGAGAAGUUUGCGUUUCUAAUUAUUUCUUUUUGUUUUUUUUUUUUUCUUUUAAAUUAGUGUGUAGACAGAGAUUUCCUCCUUUAAAAUAGCUACUUACCACAAAUCAUUUGCACAAAAAAUAGCCAUUUUUAAAGUAAUUUUAGUUAUAGUUAAGGUGCA